AUGGAUUUAAUGGGACCAUCUAGGACUAAAAGUCUAGGAGGUAAGUGGUAUAUUUUGGUUGUGGUAGAUGAUUUCUCGAGGUUCAUAUGGAUAGAAUUGCUUAGGGAAAAAUCUGAUGCAUGUGAUCUUAUAAAAUCUUUGUGUAAACGGCUUAGUAAUGAACUCAAUCUCAAAGUGUCCAGAAUGCGUAGUGAUCAUGGGAAAGAGUUUGAAAAUUUUAAUCUUGAGAGUUUCUACAUGGAUGAAGGGAUACUACAUGAGUUCUCUUCCCCUAUCACUCCUCAACAAAAUGGGAUGGUUGAAAGGAAGGAUCGUGUUCUUCAGGACAUGGCUAGGGCCAUGCCUCAUGGCAAUGGACUAGCCUUACAUUUUUGGGGAGAAGCUAUUAAUAUUGCAUGCCACAUAAUCAAUAGAGUCUACCUUAGACCCAAAAUCGAUCAGAUUCCAUAUGAGAUUCGAAAGGGUAAAAAGCCUACUGUUAAAUACUUUCGUGUGUUUGGGAAGUCAGUCAAUGUUGUGAUAAAUGAUGUUGUGAGUGAGGGGGAGAAUGUUGAAAAUUGUGAUAGGAUGGACGAUCAAAAUGGUGAUCUUAUAAGGUCUAGUGAUCCUACUGAACUACCUUUGUCUGAAUCAUUUCUUAGAAUACCUGAAACACCUGAAAAGGAAACACAUCCACAAGAUCGAGACAAAAAUCCUAAGGAACCAUCGUCUAGGGUCAAGUCCAAUCAUCCUAAGGACAAUAUCAUUGGGGAUCUAGAUAAAGGUAUGAGGCUUCGUAAGAGGGUACUGAACAAUCUAGCAUAUACUAGCUAUGUUUCACAGGUUGAGCCCAAGAAAGUAGAAGAGGCUCUUAGUGAUGAGUGUUGGUUUCCCCACUAUGUCUACAAACUCCACAAAGCACUCUAUGGUCUGAAACAAGCUACUAGAGCUUGGUAUGAGAGACUUACAUCAUAUCUUGAGGAACAUGGGUUCUCUCGAGGUAGUGCUGAUAGGACCUUAUUUAUUAGAGAUAUUGAAAAAACUAUCACUAUUGCCCAAAUUUAUGUUAAUGACAUCAUUUUUGGUUCUCCCAUUGAGUCUCUAGCGUAUGAGUUCAUCGAGUGUUUGAAGCAAGAAUUUGAGAUGAGUAUGGUUGGUGAGUUAAGUUACUUCCUUGGACUUCAGGUGAAACAGAUUGAGGAUGGGUUGUUUAUUUCACAGUCUAAGUAUGCAAAGGAUUUAGUUAAGCGCUUUGGGUUAGACAGUAAGAAGCAUACUAGGACACCUAUGAGUACUAGCUUGAAGUUAGGUCGUGAUCCUUCAGGUAAGAGUGUAGAUCCUUCACUAUAUCGAAGUAUAAUAGGUAGUCUUCUCUAUCUCAUAGCGACUAGACCUGACAUUACUUUCAGUGUUGGAGUGUGUGCUGGAUUUCAGGCAGAUCCCAAAGAAUCACACUUAAACUCGGUUAGACGCAUCAUUAGAUAUGUGAGUGGUACCGUUGAUCUAGGCAUUUUCUAUUCUAGAGAUUCUAAUCUUGAUUUGGCUGGCUACUCUGACGUCGAUUGGGCCGGGAAUGCAGAUGAUAGAAAAAAGUACGUUUGGGGGCUGUUUCUACAUGGGUAG